CGCUCUUAAAAGGUGCGACAAAAAUCCGAUUUUUAUUGGAGAAGGGCGGAGAAGGAGGAGGAGGCGGCGGCGGUGGGCGAGAAAAAGGAGGAGACAUGGCGCCGCUGUUUCUUUCCGAGACCUCGCGCAACUCGAUUCGCGAGAGGUGGAACAAGAUAUGGACGAAGCGAGCUCUCAUGGGGUUGUUGCUCGGGCAAUUCGUCUCGCUUCUCAUCACCUCCACCGGCUUCUCCUCGUCCGAGCUCGCAAGACGAGGCGUGAACGCUCCCACCUCGCAAUCCUUCUUGAAUUAUCUUCUCCUUGCUAUAGUUUAUGGUUCUAUUGUCAUCUUCAAAAGGAAACCGCUCCAGAUAAGUUGGUAUUAUUAUCUGAUGCUUGCUAUUGUUGAUGUGGAAGCCAAUUUCAUUGUUGUGAAAUCCUACCAGUACACAUCUUUGACAAGUGUCAUGCUCCUGGAUUGUUGGUCAAUUCCAUGUGUUAUACUUUUCACUUGGUUGUUCCUGAAGACAAAGUAUGGAUUCAGAAAGUUUCUUGGUGUUGGUAUUUGUGUAGCUGGUCUUGUUAUGGUGGUAUUUUCUGAUGUUCAUGCUAGUGAUCGUGCACAGGGUGGACCCAACCCUUUGAAAGGUGAUUUGUUGGUCAUUGUUGGUUCUACAUUAUAUGCAGUUAGCAACGUUGGUGAGGAAUUCAUUGUCAAGAGCUCAAGUAGAACUGAAUUGAUGGCAAUGCUUGGAGCAUUUGGAGCAGUUAUUAGUGCUAUUCAAAUAAGCAUACUUGAGCGGAACGAGCUUAGAAGUAUCAAUUGGACAGCUGGAGCAGUACUACCCUUUCUUGGGUUUGCAUUGGCAAUGUUCUUAUUCUAUUCUACCGUCCCUAUAAUUCUCAAGAUAUGUGGAGCCACACUUCUUAACCUUUCACUGCUGACCUCCGACAUGUGGGCUGUUCUAAUCCGUAUCUUUGCCUAUCACGAGAAGGUUGACUGGAUGUACUUCAUAGCUUUUGCAGCCGUCACGAUCGGACUAGUGGUUUAUUCAUGGAGAAAGAAGGAUAAGAGUGCUCAGGUCGCAGAGAAUAUCAAAAGGGAUGAAGAGGCUGCGGAAGAGCGUGAUAUGAAUCAAGCAUCAGUCGAGACCCAACGCUCGGGAGUCGAGGCUGUCAAACCACAAGCUUCAUCAAUCACAAGUUUGCUGAAGUAAGGUAGGGGGUUUAGCGAUAUGCCACCAUAGAAACUGAAGCAAAUUCACGCGAAGAAUUAGUUGUUCAUGCAUGGUCGUUCUAAGUGAUUUGUUGAUGGAGCAGGCGAAUGAGUAGCAACUCAUGUAACGGAACGGAUCCGAACGACCGAUGCCAUUCAUUAACAUCUGCGAGAGUGUUAACUGCAUCAGUUGUCUGGUUCCGUUUAGCUAUCGUUAGUUGUGUGAUCGCCCUUCAGUAAUAAUUUGAAUGGCAAUUAAAAUGACUA